AACAGUUAACCUGCGAGGAGUUUACACUUGAUAAACACCCAGGUCUCCCAAGCCAAUUGAACAUGUUCAAGCAGUUAUAAGUUAAACAAACAAAAAAUAGUCGAAUUUAUCUACAAUAAACAGAAAGAAACGUGUUGAACUGACAAAAAUAAGAUGUUCAGUCAGACCGGCCUCAACACAUCGGGGACGUUCAGCUCGGUCACCCCGACGUCGGCGAAUCCGAUGAAGGAUUUCGAAGUCACGUCGCCACCAGACGAUUCGGUCUCUUCGCUCGCGUUCAGCCCUUCGACCCUGCAGCAGAACUUUCUCAUUGCAGGCUCUUGGGAUAACAAUGUGAGAUGUUGGGAAGUGGAACAGUCAGGAAAAACCAUUCCAAAAUCAAUGCAAACAAUGGGUGGUCCAAUUUUGGAUGUAUGUUGGAGCGAUGAUGGUACAAAAGUUUUCAUGGCAGCUUGUGACAAGCAAGUAAAAUGCUGGGACCUAGCCAGCAACCAGACAAUUCAAGUCGCAGCACACGAUGCACCAGUGAAAACAUGCCACUGGAUCCAGGCGCCGAGUUACUCUUGUCUUAUGACAGGAUCUUGGGAUAAAACUCUGAAAUUUUGGGAUACAAGAAGUGCUCAGCCCAUGCUUACAAUUAAUCUACCGGAAAGAUGCUACUGCGCUGAUGUCGAUUAUCCAAUGGCUGUUGUCGGUACAGCUGGAAGAGGCCUGAUCAUUUAUCACUUAGAGGGAAGGCCUCAGGAAUUUAAGAAAAUCGACUCGCCUCUCAAAUACCAGCAUCGGUGUAUCGCGAUUUUUAGGGAUAAAGAAAAACAACCAACUGGCUUUGCUCUGGGGAGUGUUGAAGGGCGUGUAGCUAUUCAAUAUGCUGCACCAUCUAACCCGAAGAAUAAUUUCACAUUUAAAUGCCAUAGGACAAGCACGACGGCUGGUUCUUAUCAGGAUAUUUACGCUGUGAAUGAUAUUGCUUUCCAUCCCGUUUACGGCACGCUUGCCACUGUCGGUUCUGAUGGAACAUUCUCGUUCUGGGACAAGGACGCUCGUACAAAGCUCAAACCGAGCGAGACGAUGGAACAGUCGAUAACAUGUUGCGCCUUUUCCCACACGGGGCAGAUAUUUGCCUACUCGGUCAGCUAUGAUUGGUCAAAGGGUCAUGAAUUUUACAACCCAAUGAAAAAGAAUUACAUCUUCCUGAGACCUUGCUUUGAUGAACUAAAACCCAGAAGUACUUAAUUAUUGGAUGCUUUCUCCCUACAAUUUUCUUCAUUUAAACUCUGUUGAUUUUACAAGCCAUUCUGCAUCAUUUUUAUAAAUAUGUCUAUAAUUUGUGAAAUAAAAUAGUCACCCCAUGUCUUAUUAA